AUGGAUGGGAGCCGGAUCAUCAACAUUCAGAACGGGAACAACGUUGCGAUCCGCGGCCUCAAUUGGUUUGGUUUUAACGUGGGCAUGGGCAUGGUAGAUGGCCUGUGGAUUGGAGGCAGCGAGGCCGCCACCGACUUCGCCCUCAUCACGUAUCAACUCCGCCUGCUGGGCUACAAUGCUGUGCGGCUGCCCUUCAUCUGGCGUGACCUGGAGAUGGCCCCCAAGAACCUCGACAAGGCCUGCUACCCUGUGACACCCGAGCAGCUGAAGCGCCGCCUGAUCAGCCCCCACAUGCUUGACACAUACAGCAGCAAGCAGCUUCCCGGCAACGUGUCACCGCAGAGGAAGCGGCAGAACGGCUACUGCAACCAGUACCUGCCGGGAGGCAGCAGCAGCUACCACCGGCUGCUGUUUGUGAUGCAGAGCAUCAUCGCGCAGGGCAUGUACGUCAUCCUGGACUACCAGCCCAUGGGAUUGGAACAGCACCCUUACAACCAGCAGCAGUUUGUCGACAGCUGGACCAACCUCUGGAGCAUGGUCGCUUGCCUGCCCAACUUCAAAAGCGAUCUGGCCAACCGUGUCUUCGUGGACGUCAUGAACGAGCCUGACAGUAUGGGCAUCAAGUGGGAGGCUGCCAAUGGCCGCCCUGGCGCGCACCAGCUGUAUCUUGGAACCGCGGAUGCAUUGUGGCAGGUCACCCCUGAUGAAGUACUGUUCAUGUUUGAGGGCACUGGUCAGCAGGCGCUUGGCCUCAACUGGGGCAACGGCUUCGUGACCGACCAGGACGUCAUCAGCAGCCGGGGCCUGGCGGACGCAAACCCCUUCUUCCUGGACCUCAUGAGCAGGCCUUAUGUCGGGAAGGCAGGCAACUGGCACAAAGACGGCUGUCUGUACAUCAGCUUCGGCCUGCGCCACUCAAACGGAGCUGCUUGUCCCUCUCCCACUGCCAUCCCUGAUUGUUGA